AUUCCAACAAAAAAGAAACAUAAAUUAAAUUUUUGACCAAGCAAAACGAAAAAAAAAAUUAACAAAUGCGUAAAAAGCCAGGAAAAUUUUAGCAGUAUUCAUUCAAAAUGAGUGCCUACAAUCGAAAGAUGCAGAUGCUGAAAAAAAUGAGCCUCGGACAGCUGGACAGUGACAUGGAAAUGGAGGACGAAUCUGGUUACUUGUCCUUUCGAGCGACGCACAAUUCAACCGUGGAGGCGCCAUUUUUAAUAGACCAGGAAGAGUUGGAGAAUUGUCAAAAUGUGUCCAAUAGGGGCUUGGGCUUAUCUUCCACACAAUAUCAGACGCCAGGAAGUGGGCCAAUGGUCGGCAGUUCGUCACACUUGUGGAACAAAAUUAAAAGUUGUCCCAUGGUCAUUGAACAUGAUAAGAAUCUCAACUGCGCCUUAGAAAGUGAAUUUUCAACAGGCGAGGCACGAGAAGACGAGACCUGCAAGUCACCGAACUGCCAGCAGGUGCAUCAGGCAAGCAAAAGAAGGAAGCUGCACUUUCAAGCAUCGCACACAAGUCCCAAGAAAUCGAAAAAACAACUCUUUCCUCCUCCCCUGGAGCCGGAUCGUAUACGACGAACACGCUACUACAAUGGCAUGGAACAGUUGGAUAUUAUUGGCAUGCUGAGCAACACUUUACCCGCCAUGCAGUGCAUUUUGAGCAAUGUCAAUUCCCAAACGCUGGACGUAAUGACUCGUGUAUCCAAGCGCUGGGAACAGGCGCUCUAUAAGAUUCCCGCUGCUGUGGAGCGUUUGCAUAAUCAUCGCUUUAAAAUGAACUUAACCAAAGAAAAUCCUUAUGUAGCAAAAAGGGGACGCAUCUUGUCCAGAAGUAAUACAAUUGUGCCAUUACAUACAUCAACUAUCAGUAAUACCCAUGACAAAGCGCUAGCCUAUGAGAAUCCAAUUGCCAAGCGGCCACAGGACAAAGAGGAGGAGAAUUGUCACUUGGUGGAACAGAAGCAAAGGAUCAAGUGUCCACGUUGCGGCAAAGGCAGCAAAGUGUAUCUCAGAGAUGUGCCUUCACCUGGAGGUGGCGGAGAUCGAAGCCUGCUUUCACAAACAUUACCCAAUUUUAGAGAUAGAUUUGCUUCUUCAUCGACUGCUCCACCACUUGCGCGCUUUCUCUCGCUGGAUCUAGAGGAGGCAAAGGAGGAGGAUGCACAGCCCUCAUCAUCGUCGACAUAUAAAUUUGGUGAAUGCACGAAUUUCCUAUGCAGAUUCCGUUUCUGCGUACAUUGCUAUUCUCAGCCUCAUCCGGGCGAGAAAUGCCUGGUCACCGAGCUCGGUACGCCAUCCAAAGUCAUGAUGCCCAGUGAGAGAUUCACACCGCCCAAGCAGCGGCCACAGAACUACAAUUCCAAGCUGAGUCGAAAGAACUCAUUGAAACGUUUGUGUUUUUAAAUUUAUUAAUUGUCGUUUUAGUAUUACACGCCAAGAAAGAGAACAAACUAAAUCAUCAUCAACAACAACAAUUUAUAUAAAUCUCAUUGAUGUAUUAUUUUAUAACUAUGUUCGAAUUUCGUUCUGUUUCAUAUUCCAUUUUGUCAACAAUUUUAAAUCACUGUUUAUCACACACCACACCAAACACACACACACACACACAUUCUAUAAAUGUUAAACGAAAAUUCUGUACCUCUGUGAGAUUAAGUAGACACCUAAGUAUUUUUUACAAUUUUAUUAAAAUAAACAAAUCGAACUUUUAUACUAUAA